AUGUGCAAAUAUGGCACUACUUUUUCACAAAGAGACCACACCUGAAACCAAACACUGAAAGGAUGUAGGCUAACAUGGAACUGCUUCAAGACCCCUGACAACCCAAAUGCCUGCAUUUACCCUCUCACAACACAGAGAAAAUAACUCCUGAUGACGUUAAACUGACAAGACUCCGACAGUUUCACUUUUGUGAUGGGAACAUGAUGGGCUAUUUUCUGUUUACCCUGGACACUUGUUGGAAUUUACCUUGGAAAUCAUGUGAGAGCUUCAGCAUUGUUGCAACAUCCUUUUCUCCCCUUCAGCUUCAAGGGGACCGGGCUGCUGUGCCAGAGCUGACUGCUGCCACCACUUCACCUUUCAGGACCUUGUGCUGUGCUCCCACAUUAAAAGGUUCAAACCUAGUAACGAAGACACAACUUCUGCAGUGAGGAGGUUGACUUCAGAAAACUUGCUGAUUGGAGAAAGUAGCGACACCUGAGAGUAAUGAGUACUGAAGAGCUGUGUGCUGCGGCUUCUGCAAAGAUUCUGCCUGUGUCAUCGUGUACAGCUGUGUAGCAUGGAUAAAAACCCUGCUUUAGCCUAAUCAUGAUAGUUGUUCUGUCUGGGCAGAUGCUAAAGCAAUAUCCAACUGUCUGCUGCACCACAGGCCACCAUGGGCAGGUAGUGACUCUGAGCAACCCAGUAGAAAAAGUGGCCUAUCUUAUAAUAUUCCAUAUUCUCUUUGUGCUCUUUGUGUGGACAUACUGGAAGUCUAUUUUUACUCUCCCGGUGCAGCCAGGUAAAAAGUACCACAUGUCCUAUGCUGACCAAGAGCGUUAUGAGAAUGAAGAAAGGCCGGAGGUGCAGAGGCAGAUUCUGGCUGAAAUAGCGAGGAAGCUGCCGGUGUACACGAGGACAGGGAGCGGAGGUAUUCGGUUCUGUGACCGGUGCCAGCUGAUAAAGCCUGAUCGUUGUCACCACUGUACUGUUUGUGCCAUAUGUGUGCUAAAAAUGGAUCAUCACUGCCCAUGGGUGAAUAACUGCAUUGGAUUUUCUAACUACAAAUUCUUUCUACUCUUCUUAGCCUACUCUUUGUUGUAUUGCUUGUAUAUUGCUGCCACAGUCUUCAAGUAUUUCAUUAAGUACUGGACAGGUGAGCUGACUAAUGGACGUUCCAAAUUUCACGUCCUUUUCCUUCUCUUUGUGGCGGUCAUGUUCUUCGUAAGCCUUAUGUUUCUGUUUGGCUACCACUGCUGGCUCGUUAGUAGGAACAGGUCCACUCUAGAGGCUUUCUCAGCUCCUGUGUUUCAAAACGGCCCAGAUAAAAAUGGGUUCAAUCUUGGCUUUGUAAAGAACCUGCAGCAAGUGUUUGGAGAAGAAAAGAAGCUCUGGUUGCUACCAAUUGCCUCUAGCCAGGGCGAUGGGCAUUUUUUCCCCAUGAGAGCUUUGUGUGAAGCUCAGAAUCCUCUCCUAGCAAAUGAAGAGCAGUGGGAAGAUGAUGGAAUGGAUGAAGAGCAUCAUGAUUCUCAUGAAGCUUCCUCCCUUGCCAUAGAAAGGGAGACAUAGCAGUCUGAACAUGCAGCGUAUAAGGCUUGUCCAGGAAGGUCAGUAUUCCUUUCUACAUCACCUUUAAACAGCUGCUCUGCAGGGAAUGGGCAGCUGAUGCUGGGCUU